CUUGUUUGCAAAUUACUCUUAGCAUUCGAACAGAUUUCAGAAAUGAUCGAGAUUGUCUUAGCAGUUUGUAGUGUAGUUGGUGGUGCAUUUCUGAAUGUUCUCUUUGAAGAAGCAGCUGAUCUGCUCAAGAUGUUUCUGAAGAAUAAGCAGUUGAAGAAGCAUUGUCUUCAGAUUGUGCAGAGUGAUGCAGAGAAUAAGCAGGCAUCAAAUCAACAUGUGAGAAAGCGGCUUAAGGUGGAAGGUCAACUUCGAAAUCUUGCACAAACAAGCGACCAGCAAAAGAAUGAAGGAGGAGAAAAGAAGAAAGAAGGAGGAGAAGAGAAUAAGAAGGAUGGAGGAAACUUAAGUGUUGUUUUGAAAUCAUGUAAUUGUGAAGGAUGUGCUACAAAAGUUGUCAAAGCCAUUUCAAGUGUUGGAGGUGUGGAGAAAGUUAUGCGUGAUGAGGAUUCGAAGAAACUAACUGUGAUUGGAAAAGUUGAUCCGGUGAUGUUACAAGAGAAAGUUGAAUGGGAAACACACAAGAAAGUUGAACUUGUCUCUCCGAUACCGAAAACGGACGGUAAGGGAAAAGGAG